AUGGCAAUAGAAGACUUAGCGAAUGGCCGCCCGACGGCGAACGACAGCGGCGGCUGCGACGUCAAGGCGCACUUCGUGUUCAUCCCGCUGAUGUUUCAGGGACACCUGAUCCCGGCGGUCGACACCGCGCUGCUGCUAGCCACCCACGGCGCUCUCGCCAGCGUCGUCGUCACCCCGUCCAACACCGGGCGGAUCCGGCCGACCGUCGACUUAGCCCGAAAGUCUGGCCUGGCGGUCCGACUCGUGGAGCUCCCGCUCGACCUCGCCGCGGAAGGGCUACCCGACGGCGCCGACGACGUCGACAAGGUGCCGCCGAGUCUCUGGACCAACUACUUCCGCGCCCUGGCGCGCCUCCGGGAGCCGCUGGAGCGGCACCUCCGCGAGCACGCGCCGUACCCGACGUGCGUCGUGGCGGACUUCUGCCACCCGUGGGCUAGGGAGCUCGCGGCGAGCCUCGAGGUCCCGCGGCUCUCUUUCUUCAGCAUGUGCGCCUUCUGCCUCCUCUGCCAGCACAACGUCGAGAGGUUCAACGCGUACGACGGCGUGGCCGAUGACCACGAGCUGGUCGUCGUGCCCGGUCUGGAGAAAAGGAUCGAGGUGUCGAGGGCUCAGGCUCCUGGCUUCUUCCGGGGGACCCCCGGGUUCGAGAAGUUCGCGGACGAUGCCGAGCAAGUGCUGGCCGAGGCCGACGGCAUCGUCACCAACAGCUUCGUGGAGAUGGAGCCGGAGUACGUCGCCGACUACGCGGAAGCCAGGGCGAUGAAGGUAUGGACCGUCGGGCCGGUGUCUCUGUUCCACCAGCGCACUGCGACGCUGGCGUCGAGAGGGAACACCGCCGCCAUCGGUGCUGACGAUUGCCUCCGGUGGCUCGACGGCAAGGAGCCGAACUCCGUCGUGUACGUCAGCUUCGGGAGCCUCGCGCACGCGCAGCCGAAGCAGGUCGUGGAGCUCGGUCUCGGGCUGGAGGCUUCGGGGCACCCGUUCAUCUGGGUGGUGAAGAACGCCGAGCAAUACGGCGAGGAUGUGGUAGAGUUCCUACACGAGCUCGAGGCGCGCGUCGCCGGGCGCGGCCUGCUCAUCAAGGGGUGGGCGCCCCAGGUGCUGAUCCUGUCGCACGCAGCCACCGGCAGCUUCGUGACGCACUGCGGGUGGAACUCGACCAUGGAGGCCGUCACGGCCGGGCUGCCGGUGGUGACGUGGCCGCACUUCGCAGACCAAUUCUUAAACGCCAAGCUCGCUGUGGAGGUGCUGGAGAUCGGCGUGGACGUCGGGGUGACGGAGCCGCUCAUGUACCAGCUUGAGGAGAAGGAGAUCGUGGUGGCCAGAGAUGUGGUGGAGAAGGCGGUGAGGGACAUCAUGCACGGAGGAGACGAGGGGGAGGAGCGGAGGAGGAGGGCACGAGGGCUUGCGGCCAAGGCCAGGACUGCCGUGGAGAAAGGCGGAUCGUCGCACGCGAACCUGCUGGAUUUGAUCAACUGCUUCAAGUUCAAGGUGGACGCGGGAUGUCGUCCUUUCGGGACUGCGUGA